CCAACAUGGCAAUAUCAGUCCAACGUCAGUUGGUUACCGCGCGUUCGUCGCGCCAAACGUGUUACCGUGCGAGGACUACGAUACGAAACACGAUCACUGAAUCAAGCGGGACAUAAUAGACCACCAAUAUGGGGGCCAUGUUCCGCAGCGAAGAGAUGGCCUUGUGCCAGCUCUUCAUCCAGCCUGAGGCGGCAUACACAUCCGUCUCUGAGUUGGGAGAAGCCGGCAGUGUGCAGUUUAGAGAUCUUAACCCUGACGUGAACGCGUUCCAGCGUAAAUUCGUAAAUGAAGUGCGUCGCUGCGAUGAAAUGGAACGUAAGCUUCGGUACAUCGAGGCUGAAGUACAUAAGGAUGGAGUGCACAUACCUGCCGUCAAAGAGGCCCCCAGAGCCCCCAACCCGAGGGAAAUCAUCGAUCUUGAGGCCCACUUAGAGAAGACAGAGAACGAAAUUCUAGAGCUGUCGCACAACGCGGUCAACUUGAAGCAGAACUAUUUGGAGCUGACAGAACUCCGUCAUGUGCUGGAGAAGACCGAGGCAUUCUUCAUCGCGCAGGAGGAGAUCGGCAUGGACUCCAUGACCAAGUCGCUGAUAUCCGACGAGACAGGUCAACAAGCGGCGACGCGUGGUCGCCUGGGCUUCGUGGCAGGAGUCGUGAACCGCGAGAGAGUGCCCGCCUUCGAACGUAUGUUGUGGCGUAUCUCCAGGGGUAACGUCUUCCUCAGGCGCGCAGAACUUGACAAGCCAUUGGAGGACCCCGCCACGGUUAGUGUUUACUGCAAUAAGGUUGAUAUUUGCUUCUCCUCAUUAAGGUGUUUGAGCUGCGUGCUGAACCAAACCAGCGACCACAGGCAGAGAGUACUAGCCAGCGUGGCGAAGGAACUGGCCAGCUGGACCAUCAUGGUUCGCAAGAUGAAAGCCAUCUACCAUACUCUGAACUUAUUCAACAUGGAUGUCACCAAGAAGUGCCUCAUCGGCGAGUGCUGGGUGCCCACCCAGGACCUGCCCAAUGUUCAGAAGGCCUUGGCUGACGGAUCUAACGCUUGCGGCAGCUCUAUCCCAUCAUUCCUGAACUGUAUCGAGACGGACGAGGAGCCGCCGACCUUCAACCGCACCAACCGCUUCACUCGCGGCUUCCAGAACCUCAUCGACUCGUACGGAGUCGCCUCCUACAGGGAAUGCAACCCUGCGUUGUACACGACCAUAACCUUCCCGUUCCUGUUCGCGGUGAUGUUCGGAGAUUUAGGCCACGGCUGUAUCAUGGCACUGUUCGGAGCUUGGAUGGUCUGCAAGGAAGUCUCCCUCGGCGCCAAAAAGUCCAACAACGAAAUCUGGAACAUUUUCUUCGCUGGUCGUUACAUCAUUCUUCUCAUGGGUUGCUUCUCAAUGUAUACUGGAUUGGUCUAUAACGAUAUCUUCUCGAAGUCCAUGAACAUCUUCGGUUCGUCGUGGAGUAUUCCCUAUGACAAUGACACUAUGGAACACAAUGCAGCGUUGACUUUGGACCCGAAGGAUGCUUACAAUAACAACCCGUACUUCAUCGGUAUUGAUCCUGUUUGGCAGAGCGCUGACAACAAGAUCAUCUUCUUGAACUCGUACAAAAUGAAGCUGUCCAUCAUUUUCGGUGUGUUGCACAUGAUCUUCGGUGUCUGCAUGAGUGUCGUUAACUACAACUUCUUCCGUCGCCGCUAUUCCAUCGUGUUGGAGUUCCUGCCGCAAGUGAUCUUCCUGUGUCUGCUCUUCUUGUACAUGGUCUUCAUGAUGUUCUACAAGUGGGUCGCCUACAGCGCCUUCUCCGACGAACAAGCAUACACCCCUGGUUGCGCGCCAUCAGUCCUGAUUCUGUUCAUCAACAUGAUGUUGUUCUCGAGCACGCCGCCCCCCGAGGGAUGCAACGAGUACAUGUUCGAGGCGCAGGCCUCCAUACAGAGAGUGUUUGUUCUCAUCGCACUCUGCUGCAUACCCGUCAUGCUACUCGGCAAGCCACUCUAUCUGCUCGCUGCUGGCAAGAAGAAGAAGGAAGCCAAGCCCGAACACUCAAACGGCAGCGUGAACCCCGGCAUAGAAAUGCAGGAGCAGACUGACAUCGGCGACGGCGCGCCCAAACCUGAAGCUAAGCCCGCCGCCUCGGGACACGACCACGAGGACGAGCCAUUCAGCGAGAUCAUGAUCCACCAAGCCAUCCAUACUAUUGAAUACGUCCUCAGUACCAUCUCUCACACAGCCUCCUACCUUCGAUUGUGGGCUCUCUCGCUUGCUCACGCAGAACUGUCGGAGGUGCUGUGGAACAUGGUGUUGACGUUUGGUCUGAAGGACCACGACUACAUCGGCGGCAUCAAGCUGUACGUGGCGUUCUGCUUCUGGGCGCUGUUCACACUCGCCAUCCUCGUCAUGAUGGAGGGACUCUCCGCCUUCCUUCACACACUGCGUUUGCACUGGGUGGAGUUUAUGAGCAAGUUCUACUCGGGUCUGGGUUACAUCUUCCAGCCAUUCUGCUUCAAGACCAUCUUAGAACAAGAAGAAAACAAAGACGAUUAAC